UCAUAAUAAAGUGACGUUGUCGUUCUGUGUCGUCACAGCAUUGUCUCGCUGAUAUCUGUCGGAGUCGCUCGUGCUUUAGAAGCUCUGUCAUAUUUAGUACCACAAUGGGAUGCAAGCAGACAAAGACGCGGUCUCUAAACCAGACGUCGGCCAAAGAAGCUCUAGAAGGCAAGAUCAACUGUCCCCGUGAGCUGUUCUUCGCCAAGAGUCAGCCCACACCCCGGCUAUCCGGUGAGGAGAUAUUGAAUCAGCUGCGAGAAGAUGGUAUCGUCCCCGACCGCCACCGAUCAGGUGGAGUUGCUUUCUCGGUUGCUGUCAAGGAUGGCGUCACCGGCCCACGUGGUAAACCACCCAGACGCCUGGAGCGCAUGCCUAUCAAAGUCCAUUACACCUCAGAAGAACGCCAGAUAAUUGCUGACGUCACUCGCUUCGACAGGUUUGUGGAACAGGUUCAGAGGCGAGCCCUGGAUCGAGACAUUAAAAGAAAGACGGUGGUUCUCGAGAAGGAGAGGCAAAACCUCAUGAAGAAGAUGAUGGCGCAUCAGAAGCUAUGUGAGAGGGAAAAACGUCUUCAGCACUUUGCGGAGGAGAAGGCAUUAAAGGAGGAGGAGAAGGCAUUAAAGGAGGAGGAGAAGGCGGCCAAGAAGAAGGCAAAGUCUGCAAGGAAGAAUGAUAAGGUCGUUAUAAAGAAUUCGCCUGUCAAGAAGUAGAGGAAGAAUGAGGGAGAAGGUGGGGCGGGCAGGCGCCUCGGUAGUGAGGACAGCCCACUUUAUAAACACUUUGCAUCUCUGAUGUGACUAUGUUGUCAUAUGAGUUGUUAUAUGAAUGCAAAGGAAACUUAGUUACAAUAGGUUUAUAACGAUAAUGUAUAAAUAACAAAACAAAAGAAAAAAGAAGAAAAACUAUACAAUAUCAAAAAUAUUUAUUCUAUAUUCUUAUCAUCAAUACCAGUGUAAUAAUUAUGGUGGCGGGAAGGAACCCUAAUGGAGAGAAGCGCCCGUGUUGUGAACACCAUACUCUGAUGGUACAUUGUAUAUCCUUAUGUCAAAAUUAUCAUUUCAAUGUUAGAAUAUCUCAGAUAAAAUAUCUAUAAAAAAAUAAUACAUUCUAAACACAAAAUAAGUCAUCAAGAGUGCGGCAACGUCUUUCAUAUGGAAGUCCUUGCUUCAUAAUGUGAUUAACAAAAAACAGGUGCCACGUUUAAUUGGUGUACUUGAUUUUGUGAUUACUUCAUUACCGUCUUCUGAGUGUAUUGAAAUUGUCAAAUCAAUAAAGGUUUGAAAUG